AGACUAAUAUUCGUGUCAAAAAUGGAUUCCUACUCCGAACGCGAGGAACGGGGAUCCUGUGCGAAAAGACCAAAAUUGGACGUUAGCGAAUUUAAUGCGGGUGUUUUGUGCGACGCGGUCACAUUUUCCAAUUUUCCGACACCGUCCGGAGCCCAGAUCGACUCUACAGAAGGUUUUAAUGUGGAUUGUGACUCCGGAUAUGAAGCUUCCACAUUGAGUUCAAUGCCAACACCUUCAAAUCUUACCUCACCACACACAGAUCCAACGGAUUUUCAAGAAUGUUUACCACCAUCGGAAACGGAUCACCUAAAUCAACUUCACAAUGAUUUAUUCGCAUUGGACACAUCUCAAGAUAGUAUUGAAGCCGACGAUGACAACGCAUCCACGGUUAGUAAUUUAAGCGAGCUCAGCGGGAUUUCUGAAUUAUCCGGACACAAUUGGAAACCAAUGGCUGGAAGUAUGGCAUGGAUUAAAAAGCAAAUGGCAAGUGGUGUAGAUCCGCGCGCUUUAUUAAUAGAAUUAGGAGUUGAGCUACAAGAUUUACCUGCGAGCGUGGACGAUCUCAUGUUAUGGAAAUUAAUUAUAAACAUGCUUGCUGAACCACCCAGACGACAUAAAUUGAGACACGUUAACACAAUAGAUGAUGUAGUUAGGCUUUUAAAAGGUGCCAAAAAUGUGAUAGUUUUAACCGGGGCGGGUGUUUCAGUUUCUUGUGGAAUACCCGAUUUUCGUUCAAAAGAUGGGAUUUAUUCACGUUUAGCGAUAGAUUUCCCCGAUCUUCCAGAUCCGCAGGCUAUGUUUGAUAUAAAUUAUUUUAUAAACGAUCCUCGGCCGUUUUUUAAAUUCGCUAAAGAUAUUUACCCAGGAAAAUUCAAACCAAGCCCUUGUCACAGGUUUAUAAAACUUUUAGAACGGCACAAUAAACUAUUAAGAAAUUACACGCAAAACAUCGAUACUUUAGAGAAAGUUGCCGAUAUUCAAAACGUUAUUGAGUGCCACGGAUCGUUUGCAACUGCAACUUGUACAAAAUGCCAAGUUCAAUUAACAGCGGAGGCAAUUCGCGACGUGGUUUUAUCCCAAAACAUUCCUAUUUGCCAGUUUUGUCAGCCGGAAAUUGGGGAAUCGGCUUCGAUAGAAAGUUUUAAAGAUCGCGAAGUGGGUGCUUUGAAGAGGCUCGUUGAAAAUGGGAUUAUGAAGCCGGAUAUUGUAUUUUUUGGGGAAGGAUUACCCGAUACUUUUCAUGAAGCGAUGGCUGAGGAUAAAAAUAAAUGCGAUUUAUUAGUGGUUAUUGGGUCAUCGCUUAAAGUUCGACCAGUCGCUUUAAUUCCGAGUUCUUUACCCGCCAAUGUUCCUCAAAUCCUAAUUAAUAGAGAACCUUUACCUGAUUGUCAUUUCGACGUUGAAUUACUUGGUGAUUGUGAUGGAAUUAUUAAUCAUAUUUGUCAACUAUUGGGAAAUUCGUGGAGUGACCCAGUUUAUCGAAACCAACUUUUAAAAGAAACAGUACAACUCCUUCCAUGGAUUAAAGAAGAUCCAAUUUUAUGUCCACCACCGACUAUUCCAAAAACGUUGGAAGACGCGGCGUGUAAGUGUUCCUUUUCAAAUAACAAAAACAUUUGUGACAAAAAACCAUCAUCUUCUGGUCAAAAUCUUAAUCAAAUUAAUCAUCCGUCCGGUUGUGUGUGCACCCUAUCAAAUCAACCAGUCGAUUCGUCAUCGUUUGAAUUCUUACACGACGAUUCUGGUUACGCGAGAGACUCAAUCAAAGAACGACACGAAUCGAUUGAUUCAGCCCGAGAUUCCGGAAUCGGAGAUAAUUCAAAUUUCAUGGACGGCGAUACGAUGACGGAAACUGUUACGAUGUCGGAUAUGCGAGGUUAUUGGCAACCGAAAGAAAAAAGGAGUAUAGCGGAGCGUUUACCUAAAGAUAGCUUUUAUUUAAUACCGCCUAGUAGAUAUAUUUUUCCGGGUGCUGAGGUUUAUUACGACCCCGAUAAUUAUUUGGAUAAUAGUUCAAGUUCAGAUUCAACAGAGAGUGAGUCUGAACAAGACAAUUUAGAUGUUUCAUUUUAAUUUAUUUAAAUAAUUUGAUGGCUAAAUCUGAAUGUUUCUAAUUUUAGAUUUAGUUCAAUAAAAAUAUACAACAACAUGGCAUAAACUAGAAUUAUCAUUAACAUUAUAACUAUACUCUGUUUUUAAACCAGGAGGAGUAAACGCGAAAGUCAGAUUUACACUAAGAAAAAUCAAAUAAUUAAAUUAAUAAUUAUUAUUUAUUUAUUUGCUUAUUAUUAUGAAAUUUGUUGUGAACGACUUAUUAGGGUCACGAUCCUAUUAGAUUUCACUCAAUUAAAUUUACAACAAUGACAUUCAAAAUCAAAAUUCAAAAUUGACUGUGUGUGAACCUUCCUCGCAUUCAACCAAUCACGUGCAAGGUCAAUCUGGUGACAAAUUUAAAAUACUCCUCCUGGUUUAAAAACAGAGUAUAGAACUAAUGUGUCUUGAGGGACACAAACUUGAAUAAUUCUUGUUCUAGGUCUAAUGUUAGUUUUAGUUUAAUGAAAUGUAUAACAAUCUGGUGUUGAACAACAACUAAAACUAGGAUUAACACUUAAUAGAACUAACACUAGAUCUAGAACUAGAAACAUUUGAGGUUAGCUGCA